GUGGAGGGAACAGGAUGCUGGACUAGAUGGGCCUUGGCCUGAUGUAGCAGGAUCUUAAUAAGUUCUUACUCUAUAGCUUGUUAAAAGUGAGACAUUUAAAGCAGCCCCAAGGAAUCCUGGGAAUGUUAGCUUACCCUCACAGAGUUACGUUUCCCAGUACUGUUAACAAACUUGAGCUUCCAUGGUUCUUUUUUAGGGUAGGGCACUAAAUGAUGGUGAGAAAGCACUGAAGCUAAGCAAAAGCUUUGUUUUCAGUGAAAUAAUAUCAGCCGCCAUCUGGAGCAGUUAAGCAUCCUAAUAACAAUUUACUUAUGCUGGUGCGCAUAUGAGUACCUUUAAUAGUGGCCAGCUUGCUGCUUGAAGCUUAGAAGUGGCUGCAGAAAGGAAGUAUGGUUCGGUAUAAUCCACACCAUGUGGUAACUAAGCAACAGGGCUUUUCAACAGUGUGUUGACUGACUGCGGCCACAGAGAGGUAACUUUUAUUCUGUUCACUUUGAAAGAGACAGCUUUUAACUGUUACAUUUUACAUUACUGACAAGCAAGAUCUGCUCUCUGUGGGAAUACUUCUAAGGCACAAAAUCCUACUGAGAGAAAUGGCUGAAACCCUGGAACAAGAACCCAUAUAUUUCUUUGACCAGCUCAAAACCAAACGAAAGCAAAAUAUGAAAAUAGAACCAGGAGAACACUUCGUUGAUAUAAAUUUAAUCAGCACAGAUCCAGAUCCUCAUGAUAUUCACAGGAACUCUGGAAGCAUGGAUGAACACAGGGAAAGAAAUUACGCUUUUGUGAAAGACAGUUUAGCAAAGAAAGAACCAGUUUCUACUAAAACAGAUGAUCCUUCUAUAUCCAUAAACAUUUGUGAGAAUCCUCUAGCUCACCUCUCCCAAAUACCUUCAUUUCCACCUACAGAAGAAGACCUACGGUCAACUUCACUGGAAGAACAUAAACGCAUGGCUGCUACCAUAUUAUGCGAGCUGGAAGAAAUGUUGAAGCGUUUUACCAAGUUUAAGUUUAUUUUACCACAAGGGGUUUUUAAUAUAUUGAGCUCCAGUUGGAAAGAUCUCAUUCAAGGUGUCUGGCAAAAUAAAAAAUAUUUGCAGGAAUUAGCAUACAAAAACUUUAAAUCAAGGAGAAGGCAAGCAUCACAGGAGUCCAACAGAUUGCCACCUGCAUUUGAAUAUACUGACUAUGAGACGGCUAAAAAUGUGAAAAGGAAAAGCAGGAAAAGUGUUGAUUUUCCCAUGGGUGCGACAAAAGGAAUGGACAAUCCUGGAACUCUGUCAAACAGACUCAAUGGAAGCAAGACUGCAGUCCCUCAGCAAUAUAGCAAUGAUUCACCUUUUGCAAUCAGUUUCUCACUGUCAUCAAAACUAUGCAAGGAAAGAGGUUGGGUUUUUCAACAUUCUGACUGUGACUCUAAAGACCUAGAAUGGAAAGCACCGUAUGUCUGGGCAGUGGAAAGAUUACGAAUGGCAAAGAUCGAAAUCAGCAGCAUAGCAAUGAUAUUUAAUCAGGAAGGAGGCAUGGUGACUAAUAAAGAUGGAGAAAUACUACGCCAGUGGAAAUGGCCUGGAGAAGGGAAGCUUGAUGACCCAGUUAUUAUGCAGGUUAACAAGUGCAUCACAGUGAAGGUUGCAGGACGCUUUGCUGUUGGAUUGCUUUACAAGUGGCGACAUGAAAGCGUGCGUUUGUCUUUGUCACCGGUACGAGGUGUGGCUGGUCCACAGUUAGAAAACCUGAGCAAGAUAUUCACAGAAGUUAAUCUACCAUCCACAUCAGUAAAAGGAUUUUCUAAAACACAUGGCAAGAGGGAAGACGCAAAAAAAUCUCUUAAAAAAGAAGAGAGAAUACCUAGAAUUUCAGAAGGGGAUCUAAGCCGUGUCAAAGACUACAACCCUACCAGAGAAUUAAAAGCGCUGAGAUGUAAAAUCAAGAAUGUCCUAGAAGACUGGAUGGAAUAUUACCGGAUAGCCUUAGAAAUCAGCUCACCACACACACACAGAACCUCAGCCUUCCCUCGGAUUGCUGGCAGACGGUGCAAAACACAACAUGUGGAUGAUUUCCUUGGCUUUCAUACAGCACAGGGAAAAGAGAAUGACAGGGAGACAGAGACCCUUACACCAGGCAACCAUCCUCCUUUCCAGUCUGUUCCGUCUUGCGGCCCCACUCAAGGUGUGUCACCUGGUUCUUACAGAGACCCUCAUUUAUUGAGCAGCAUUUUCAGAACAAAUAAACCACCCAUGGCUCACCUUAAUAUAAAUGAUGACACACUCCAAACCUCUCACAAAGCAAAUGAAAAGGCAUCCACUGCAUCACACAGUGCCUGCCCUGUAGUCCUUCGAAGAACGAUGCUGGGAGAUGAAGUGAGGAUAUGCAGAUGCAGCAACCAUCAGAUUCCAUAUGUUACAGACCUGGAAUAUGAUCACAUUAUUAACAACCAGAUGUCUUCCUCAGAGCAGAUCACUGUGGUCUGUGUGACUACUUCAUUGAGAACGGCAGAUUACGACCCCAGAACAGAUAAGCACCUAGAACAGCUCUAUGAGAGAAAGAACAAGAACAGGAGUAUGCCAUGUACACAGGGUCGUCUGGACUCUUUUCGCCUGCUGAAAUACGAUAUUGGGUCUGCAGAUGAGUUUACAGGCCACUGUGGAUCACUACUGGUGAAAAGGCAUAAUAUUGCUCCUGGCAUGUUUUUGAUGUACAUUCGAGGAAAGCUGCUCUUUGCCAACUAUAUUUUCAAUGGAUACAGCAAAUCAGUGAAAGAUCUUCAAAAGCAGAUUGCCCUGACAAGGAACAAUUACAACAGGGGCUACUACUUACCCCCUGAUUAUAGACUGAGUUCUCUUGAAAACAGCCUGCAGAGUUACCCUGAACAUACUCAAGCAAGGAUUUCACACAAUAUUUCUAGUUGCAUUUGCUAUGCCAUGACAGGAGAGCAAGUCCCCAUGAUUGUGUGCUAUUCAGCUUAUACAAAGGAGCCACCUGCACUCAGGAACAACUCAACGGAUGAAGCCAGAUCCAAACUCAAAUUAUAAUUUUCCCCUGCAAACUCACCAUGAGCUGCAGAAGAUUAUUGUACAGGAGAAGAAGAAAAAGCCCAAGUAUGGACAUGAAGUAGGAGAAGAAGAACCUUGGAAAAAAAUAUUAGAGAUGGAUGGGUUUUUUUUUGCUUUUUUCUUAAAGUCUGAAAUGAAAAAUGGGACUUUUGGGAGGAAACUGAAUAUAUUUCUGUCUUUUGGGGUGAUGAGUGAAAUAUUUUUUAAAAAAAUAAUUACAUUAAAAUGUUAAUAGUAAAUUCAGGCUGCUGUAACUUUUCUAGUCCCCAGACUAGAAAGAAAUCAUAUUUGUGAUAACAGAAUUGUUACAUUUAUUUGACUCCACUACUGAACAAAGCAAUGCACUUUGGCCCGGAUUCCACUAAAGUGUUGUGCUGGUGGUAGCCAGCAGAAGUCAUGCUAGCACAAUACGGCUUCCUCCACUCUCAUCCUGUGUCCCCCAAUAGUUCUGGGCGAUCAGGAAACUGCCUCUGGAACAGCGCAUUAGGGGGAGGAGAGGGUAGAUUGUUCCAUGAGGCAAGCAGAAUUGCUUGCGCUAACGAAGUGACCAUAAUACCGUGAUGUUGAAUUCCUUGCUUUAUACUUGAUGUUGCAAACAUACUUGUAAAACUUGCAGAACACAGAGCAUUCUUAGGGUUUUGAUCCAAUCUGGGAAUCUGCCAACCAUAUUGCUGCUACAACGUAAUAGCAAGGCAUACCCUCCAUCAUUUCACAUUGUUCUGUGAACCGAUCUGAGACCUCCAGGGUAUAGGGCGGUAUAUAAAUUCAAUAAAUAAUAAUAAUAAUACAGUUAUUGCGGCUGUAUUCCUUGUGUGGAAGUCAACAGCUGCCGCUACCACCUUCCACAGUAGGGAAAAUCAGCUGUAGCAGUUACUCUAAUGGUGGUGGAAGUGCUGAAGUGAAAUACAUGAAAACACUUGUAGAUCAGACUGAACAUG